CUUCUUCCUCAACACUCUCCGCUCUUCUCUGUUAUUCCCAUCUCCCUCUUUUCUGUAUACAUUUAUCAUUUUAUAUCACAACUAUCAUGGGUUCCGAGUCUCUUAGGAACAGAUGUGCAGGAUGCUAUAGAGAGUUCAAUAAGAAAGAACACCUUGUUGACCACAUGAGGACCUCAUUUCACUCUGUUCAUGAACCCAUGUGUGGAUCUUGUGGCAAACACUGCCGCUCUUUUGAAUCCUUAAGGGAGCAUCUUAUUGGACCCUUGCCAAAGGUAGAAUGUGCUAGGGUGUUCAGUGUCCGAGGAUGCAGCUUUUGCUUGACUAUUCUCAACAGCCCUAAUGCUGUGCGAGGUCAUCGGCAAACAUGCCAGUUCUCGCGGGAAAAUCUUGGUUCACCCAACGACAUCCUAUCUCGAAUGUCCAACUUGGGUAUCCACAACGAAGAGAGAACGAGAGGACCACAAGUCUUUGCGCUAGGUUGCAAAAUGGUUGGUGGAGGAAGUGACGGAACACUAGAUCUUUGUGCAAGAGUGUGCCUUAUUGAUGAGCAUGCAAGAGUCAUAUUUCAUGCUUAUGUUAAGCCACUCAUUGCGGUCACUAACUACCGGUAUGAAACAACUGGUGUGCGACCUGAGUACUUAAAGAGUUCAAACGCAAUGCAGCUGAGGGAUGUUAAGAAAAUCAUUCAAGAUUUCUUGUGCAAUGGUGAACCGCUAUGGAAGAUAGGUUCAAAAGAUGGAAAAGCAAGGAUACUUGUAGGUCAUGGUCUGGAUCAUGACCUGAAUUGUUUAAAUUUGGAAUAUCCAUCACACAUGCUAAGGGAUACAGCCAAAUAUCCACCAUUAAUGAAAACCAGCAAGCUGAGCAACUCCCUUAAAUACCUAACACAGACUUAUCUGGGGUACGCUAUUCAAACUGGAAUACAAGACCCUUUUGAGGAUUGUGUAGCAACAAUGAGGCUUUACAAGAGAAUGCGUAAUCUAAAUCAUAAAACCGAAGAUUAUUCAAUUGCUACAGAUGCACAAAACCGUAACAGUAGUAUUUUUGCAAGUCGAAGACAGAACGAGCUCGAGAGGAUGACCCCGGAUCAGUUGUUGGCCAUUUCAAGGUCUGAUUACUAUUGUUGGUGCUUGGACUCAAAAUAAACACCGGAAAACAUUAAUUCCAAGAGUUUAUUCUGCUACAAUAGUGGACUGAUAAAGGCAUAUAGCUCUUGCGACUAAGAACUAUUAUAAUAACUUAUAACCUAAUUCAAAUUUAUAAUAGCUCUUAAUUAGCUUCAUCUAAUAUUAGAAAGAAGAAUAAAACAUGGUAUAUAUAUCCUUUAUGCAUAUAUAUAUCCCCGCAUACUAGUAUAAUACUAAAGGAGAACAACUAGUAAAUGUGAUUGGCUUCCUAUGGUACCAUGUCCAAAUGCAAUCAUCAUCAGCAGCAAUAUAUGUAAUGUAAGUAUGCUGGCAUGGCACUACGCAUCUUGCAUUGUUAUGUAAUCUUCUGUUCAGAUGAAGAUCCAAAAGAAGAGUUAAUGUAUUUUCAUACUACUUGAGAUUCUAUAUUUUGUUCUU